UUUCUCCAACGACAGGAAAACGUAACCAACCCAGCCUUUCAGAGUCAGUAGGCCUCGUCGGCAAGAAACUCCUUUUAAUUACUGCUACCUCUGGCGGAUCUCCUUUGCCUACCGUAAUUAUAGUUACCACUCAUGGUAAAGAGCGAGCAAAAACGAGCGGAAGCAAGAAUGAGCGGGAGCAAAAACAAGCGAAAGCAAAACAAGCGGGUGCAAGAAUGAGAAGGAGCAAGCGAGGACGAAAAAAUGCUGUCCCCGCACAAAAAUUCAAAACAUCAUUAGUAUGCGGAUCAUAA